CUUUGACAGAGAGCGUCGGUGAAGUUAAGAUAGCGGCGGUAACAAUGUGGUUGCUAACGGUGGAUUAUUAUUUACGUUAGGAAUUGUAUUUAAUUCAACCGGAGUGCUCUGAAAUUUAUUUAUUAUGUUACUGUUCAAUAAGUUAGAGAACAGGCGAUGAAGGUGUGGCUUAACACGAUUUUGAUAAUGCAUACUGAAAAAAGUCUGAAGACGUGUCUGCUGUCAUGCUUUCGUAUAAUAUUUAUUGUGAUUUUAGCUGGUUUGUUUACAAGUACUGUUGAAGGAUUUUCCAAUUUCCGAUUUUUAGUUGAACCAAGUGACACCAUUGUGAUCAAAGAUAAGCCUGCAUUAUUGAACUGCUCAACAGCCGGAAAUUUUACCGAAGUAAAAUGGAAGAAAGAUGGAACAUUAUUAGAGCUUUUAGAUGACGAUGAUAGACGGGUUGUUUUACCCAAUGGGUCUUUACUCUUUAAGAGAAUUAUACAUAGCAGAACUGAAAGACCUGAUGAAGGUCUGUACCAGUGUGUAGUAAGCUUAGAUGGUACUGGAACAAUUAUUAGUAGAGAAGCAAAAUUACAGAUUGCAUCAUUGCCGCCAUUUGAUCAAGCACCUGAAGAUAUUGCAGUUUUUGUAGAUCAAACAGUUUAUUUUCCUUGUUCUGCACAUGCAGUACCACCUGCCAACAUUACCUGGUUGAAAAACCAGCAGCCAAUACAUUUAGAUGAAACUCGCAUGACCAUUUUGCCUAGUGGUGCUCUAGAAUUAGACUCGGUUAUACCUUCUGAUGAAGGUACCUACCAGUGUGUGGCAGUUAAUUCUGAGAAGUUGAAAGAAAGCAGUGCUGGAACACUGUUUGUGAACAAAGAUUAUGAUGCAUCAAAAGUAGAAUCACCCCAUUUUAUUGCCACUCCACCAAAGAAUGCUGUAGUUCUGAAAAACUCCAAUUUAACAUUAGAUUGUGCAGCUAAUGGAAAUCCUAAGCCCAGAAUUACUUGGUUGAAAGAUGGAUCUACAAUUGAUUUAGCUGAUUUGGAUAGCAGAUUUAGAAUAGUUGGGUCUGGCAGUUUGUCAAUUGAAAAUAUAAAAGAGGAGGAUGGUGGAACUUACAUGUGUCGAGCUGUAAAUAGUGAAGAUUCGGUUGAUGCCAUUAGCACUGUUGACAUCAUUGUACCACCAUAUUUUGUCAUCCGGCCUGUAAACCAGUAUGCACGUGAGAAAGAUGACAUAACUUUUGAAUGUGAUGUGUAUGGAAACCCUGUGCCAAUUCUUCGUUGGUAUAAAAAUGGUGAUAUUAUUGUACAUAGUGAAUACUUUCAAAUUGUGAGUGGAAAGAAUUUAAGAAUUUUAGGUGCUGUGAAAUCUGAUUCUGGUAUUUAUCAGUGUUUUGCAACAAAUUCUGCUGGAAGUAUACAAGCCUCUGCUGAACUCGAAGUGCUUGAUGCAGAUUCUCCUGAGCCAACUACUUCUGCUCCUUUCACUCCACUUUCCUUUCCAAAUAUACCAGGUCAGUUGCAGUAUCAUAAGGAAGCUCCAUCUGCACCAGAAAAUGUGACUGCUAUCAUUGUAAAUACUCGAUUCAUCACUUUAUCCUGGGAGCAGCCUCGUCAAAGAAAUGGAAACAUAUUAUAUUAUGUUGUAUAUUACAAAGAGGCUAAUUCUACAAGAGAACGUUUUCAUAAUAUUACACGUCCACAUUUGGAAGACACUAACAUUCAAGGAUUACAACCUGAUACAGGUUAUGUUUUUCGGGUUGUUGCUUAUAAUCAGCAUGGACCUGGAAGGCUGUCUAAAGAGCUUUUUGUUCGCACAUUUCCAGAUGUUAAUGUGCCAAGUUCUCCAAAUUCCUUAAUGGUAAUACCACGCAAUUCUACAUCAGUUCUCGUUAAAUGGAGUCCCCCAGAAGAUGUAAAAGAGCCCAUUCAAUAUUACAAGCUUCAUUACAUGGAAGUUGGUUCAUCUGAAGAGCGCUCCGUCAAUACUACAAUUACCAGCUACGAGCUACAUGGCUUGAAAAAAUUUACAGAAUAUACCUUUUGGGUUACAGCUUUUAAUAAGAAUGGACCUGGUAUUAACACGAAAGAAAUCACUCUUCAAACUUUUUCUGAUAAACCAAGUGCUACUCCUCAAAAUGUGUCCUUAGAACCUGCUAGCUCAUCUAGUAUAAUAAUUCGUUGGGAACCUCCUCCAAAAGAAUUCCAAAAUGGAAUUAUAACCGGUUAUAAAAUCCGAGUAAAAAAGAAAAAUGGAAAUGGUGAAACAUAUACUACUGAUGGAAGUAGACGUUUGUAUGCUCUAGUUGAUUUAGAAAAAGGUGCACAGUAUAUGGUCAAAAUUGCUGCAUUGACUGUUAAUGGUACUGGACCUUUUACAGAGUGGAAAACUGUAGAAACAUAUACUAAUGAUUUAGUUGAGAGCUCAGUUCCAGACAUGCCAAGUGCUCUCCGUGCCAGACCAUCGGCUAAUGCAAUUUUUGUGAGUUGGGGUCCACCUAGAGAUCAAACUACUGUUGUGAGAGGAUAUAAAAUUGGCUGGGGUAUUGGUUUAGCUGAUGUCUAUACUAAAGUUUUGGAUGGAAAACAACGCCAUUAUACUAUUAAUGAUCUCCAAUCAUCUAGUGAGUAUGUAAUCAGUUUAAGAGCUUUCAAUGAAGUUGGUGAUGGCAGGCCAGUCUAUGAAACUGUUAAAACCCAAGCAGAAUCAACCCCUGAACCAUUUACACCUAUGUUACCUCCUGUUGGUUUGAAAGCUAUUGUUCUCUCAUCAUCUACCGUUGUGCUCUAUUGGACAGAUUCAACAUUGUCUCGUAACCAAGUUGUCACAGAUAGUAGAUAUUAUACAGUUCGAUACACCACUUAUGCUUAUUCUGGUGCCCCCAAAUUCAAGUACUUUAAUUCCACAGAUUUGAAUUGUAUGAUAGAUGAUCUGAAACCAAAUACUCAAUAUGAGUUUUCAGUGAAAGUUGUGAAAGGACGUAAAGAAAGUACAUGGAGUAUGAGUGUUUUGAACACAACUCAAGAAGCAGCUCCUUCUUCACCACCAAGAGAUCUUACUGUAGUUCCUUCUGAAGAUGAUAAUACUCAAAUCAAUUUGCAUUGGCAACCUCCUAAGCAGCCCAAUGGACAUAUUACAGGUUAUGUAAUUUUUUACACCACUGAUAAAACUCAACGAGAUAGAGAUUGGGUUGUGGAAGGAGUGGUUGGUGAUAAAAUGACAACUGUAUUGAAAGGCCUUACUGCGGAUACUACAUAUUAUUUUAAGAUUCAAGCUAGAAAUAACAAAGGUUAUGGUCCACUUUCAUCAGAAAUUGCUUUUCAUACUGCACCAGGCAUUGCUCUUGCAUCUGGUUCUGCAUUUUUUGAUAAUAAAGGAUUUGCCAGCAAUAUGCUUUAUAUCAUCAUAAGCUGUAUUGCUGGAAUUACUUUGCUGACUCUUAUAGUUGUCACUAUAGUUCUUUGCAGACGUCGUACUGGUUAUUUAGCGGCUGAUGGAUGCAAGAGUUAUAAAUCCUCGAAAGGAAACUUAGCAAAGAAUAAAAAUGCUACAAAAGAUCUUGUUCCUCCUGACUUAUGGAUUCAUCAUGACCAAAUGGAAUUAAAGUCUCUGGAUAAAAGCAAUAAUUCUCAUUUGAGUUCUAGUUCCAUUCAGAGGAAUUCUCAGGAAUUAGGGCAUGAGCCUCUUUUAAGUACUUUAGAAAAAAAGAAAAGUGCCUAUUUAGAUUCUAUAAAUGAUGAUCUUCUUCCUAAUACUGAUAAAUGCAUUGUCAAGUGCCGACCAAUUCGAGCAACACCUAUAAAAAUUUCACUUGACCUUCAGAAACCUAAAGAUACUACUGUUGUCACUUCACCAAGUUCUGGAAUGGGUCCUCAUCCUUAUGAUAUAGGAACUAAUAGUUUAGGGCGCCCUCUAUAUCCUCGAACACAAUAUAAUAUACAUCGAAAUCCUGCUAUCCAUGAUAGUCAUCAAAGUGUUAUUCUUGGUGAACCUCCUCCACCUCCCACAACAGCUACAAUAAUGCCUCGCUGUCCAGGUUCCUCAUAUGACAUUUCUGUGAAUCCACCUCCUCCUCCCACUGAUGCACCCACUACUGCAUGCAUGGAGAAUCGGUCUGUAACAUUCAUUCCUACUGUUCAUGAAAAUCAGGAAUCUGGGAAUACAGGAACUCUUAGCAAAAAAACACUAUCCCAACAUCCAAUGCGCAGCUUCUCGAUUCCUUCAAGCUCUUCUCAAAGUGUUCCAGCUACUCCUUUGUCAAAGCAUAAUGCUGUGAAAUCGCCUACAGUAGUUUCAAGUCCUCAUAAAAAAGUUGUUCUUCAUGUUCCUGGUGAAUCAGAAGCAACUACAUCAGCAGGAACUGCAAAUGUCUCAUCUCCAUUAGCCAGACAUCAAGAACCACUGUCUGCAUCAUCUGCUAUUCAGCCAUCUGAAAGUACAGAACAUCUGAAUCAAGAAAUGGCCAAUCUAGAAGGUUUGAUGAAGGAUUUGAAUGCUAUUACUGCUUCUGAAUUUGAGUGCUAAAAUGUAAACUGUAUGAUACCUUUUUCUAAAUAUUUAUGACAGACAACUGUAUAUUGAACAGUGUCAUUCUUGCCUUUUUAAUUUCUAGCUAUGAUGAAAAAGUGUAAUUGUUUUUUCACUAAGAAAAGAACAAAAUUAUGGUGCCUGCUUGUUUGGAUGAAUGGUUUGCUUUUUAUGCAUAAAAAUGGAAGAAAUUGUGUUGCAUUUGGAGCUUUAAAGCUGUUUUGACUGUAGUAUAUGGAUGAAAUUAUUUUUCUUAAGAAUAUAGUGUUUGGAAGAUUUGUAAAAUUAUUAUUAAUAGGGAUUGUGAUUGUGCUUUAGAAGUGAUAGUUAGUGGUAUUCAAGUUGAAAGGACCAAUUUUGUGCUGUAUGUUGUGAAUAAUUUUGCAGGAUUGCAAUUUAUAUAUGGAUAAUAAAUUAGCUGUUAAGAAAUUUCUAAAUUGUUUUUUAGAAAGAAUGCAUGUAUAAGAUAACUUCAUAAAUUUUAUAUUAAUUGGAAUGAAAAAAGGUAUCUUUUUUUACCUUGCAGAUGAUUUAAAAUUAUUUUAACUGUCAUCAUUUUUUUUUAAAUUUUAGAUUUUCUAAAAUUGUUUUAAACUUUUGAUGAUACUACUUAAUUUUCUACCUAAUUAAUUUUAUUGGCAAAAUUUACAUUUUUGCUUUUAAAUCAUUAAGGGACCAAAUUAUAUUUAGCUUUUUUCUAAUUAUACAUAUUUAAUUUUCAUACAUAAAA